AUGCCCUGCCCGGGGUUGAAGGUGUCGCAUGUAAUAUUUGUAAUUGUAAUCCUAAUAACGAUCGUGUUCUACUCGUCGCUCAAUGGCCGGCACUUCAUCUUCGAGCCGCGCCGGUACACAAACCACCGGAAGAACGAUCCUAGCCCGCUGGCAAAUCGCACCCUAUCGUCGGUGGCCGCGGACAAAGCGAUCGGACCGGCGGCGGCCGCAAUCGAGCGGCAAAAAUGCAACAUGUUCCAGAUAGUGAUGCAGGGUUGCAGCUUUAACAUGCUCACGAAGACGCUCGAGCGCGUACAGCAGCAGCAGGAAAAGAACCAAACGCUACAGCUCGCGCAACAGCUGCAGCAAGAGCAAGAGGGAACUGCCCCAGAGCAGGUGGACAAUAUUCAGCGAAUACCAAACCCGUCGGCGGUCAAGGGACCCGCGUCCGGAUCAUCUUCAUCCUCCUCAUCGCAACCGCCGGCACCGCAACCGACGGCCACGGAGACCGAUGGCGAGCGGGUGAUCAAAACGCGCGAUCUAUAUCAUUCAGGGCACCUUCCCGACGGAGCGUGCGUCGCGAAUCUGUGCCCCCGGAACGGCACGGACGUGUCGUUACUCAUCCUGGUGACGUCCGCUCCGACGCACCGGGAGCAGCGGCUUGCGAUCCGGCAAUCGUGGGGUCACUACGGUAGCCGGCGUGAUAUCUCGAUUGGCUUCAUCGUGGGGCAGACGGAUGAGGCUCGCAUUGAGGAUCAGCUGGCUGCGGAAAGCUACAUGUACAGCGAUUUGAUACGCGGUAAUUUCAUCGACAGCUACCGAAAUCUCACGCUCAAGACGAUCUCGCUGCUCGAAUGGACGAAGCUGCACUGCCCGAACGCGUCCUUUCUGCUAAAGACGGACGAUGACAUGUUCAUCAACGUGCCGAAGUUGCUGCAGUUUAUGGAAGCCCACAGCAGCCAACGGCGGACGAUUUUUGGUCGCCUAGCGAAGAAGUGGAAACCGAUUCGCAACAAGAAGUCCAAAUACUACGUCAGCCCGGAGCAGUACUAUCCGCCUGUCUUUCCACCCUUCACCACUGGACCAGCGUAUCUACUGACGGCCGAUAUUAUUCGCGAGAUGUUCGACAAGUCCCUCAGCCAAACCUACCUGAAGCUGGAGGAUGUGUACACGACCGGCAUCGUUGCGCAGCUGCUAAACAUCCACCGGAUCAACGUGAAGGAGUUCCUCAACCGCCGGAUAGCGUUUAACCAGUGCAACAUCAAGAAAGCGAUCAGCAUCCACAUGGUCAAGAAUAACGAGCAACUCGACCUAUGGAAAAAGCAGGUCGACACAAGCGUCUCGUGCACGUAGAAGUAUUGUGUGUGUUUUUUUAAGUUAUUAUUUUGGGUAUUAUCCAAUUUUAUCCACGACCGUGAACCCGCUGCAUUAUUUUUUUCUUCUUUUAUCU